AUGUUCACCUUCACGCCUCUUCUCGGCGCCCAAUCGGCCUCGAAGGCGUCGCAGUCGAUCUUGGAACUCGAUGGAGGUAUCAAGAUUCUAGUGGACGUUGGUUGGGAUGACACGUUCGACACCCACGACUUGGCCGAACUGGAGAAGCACAUCCCCACCCUCUCUCUCAUCCUAUUGACGCAUGCGACACCCGCCCAUAUUGGUGCGCUCGUCCACUGCUGCAGAACGUUCCCCCUCUUCACCCAGAUCCCGAUCUACGCAACCAGUCCGGUGGUCGCCUUUGGUCGUACACUUCUACAAGAUCUCUACGCCUCUACCCCCCUUGCUGCUACGUUUCUCCCCAAGGCAUCGGUCUCCGAGCCAGCUUCAUCCAAUGCCGCCACGGAUGUCGAUGAUGAAGCUGCUGGCAGCACAAGUCGAAUCCUUCUACCGUCACCUACCGCCGAGGAGAUCUCUCGGUACUUCUCUCUCAUCCAACCUCUCAAAUACUCUCAACCGCAUCAGCCGCUUCCUUCGCCGUUUUCGCCUCCGUUGAAUGGGCUCACUCUCACAGCUUACAAUGCUGGUCACACAGUCGGUGGAACAAUAUGGCACAUCCAGCAUGGCCUGGAGUCCAUUGUCUACGCUAUGGAUUGGAACCAAGCCCGUGAGAGUGUUGUGGCAGGUGCCGCAUGGUUUGGCGGUUCAGGAGCUAGUGGCGCAGAGGUCAUUGAGCAGUUGCGCAAACCAACAGCGUUGAUCUGCAGCACCAAAGGCGGGGACAAGUUGGCACUGUCCGGUGGUCGCAAAAAGCGAGACGAUCUUCUCCUUGAUAUGAUCCGAAGCUGUGUUGCCAAGGGUGGCACUGUCUUGAUUCCUACAGACACGAGUGCACGCGUCUUGGAAUUGGCCUACUCAUUAGAACACUCGUGGCGCGAUGCAGCAUCUGGGGAUGUCCUUCAAGGCGCGGGGCUAUAUCUUGCCGGUAAAAAAAUGACUGCCACCAUCCGGUUGGCUCGAAGCAUGUUGGAGUGGAUGGACGAGAACAUUGUACGCGAGUUCGAAGCCGCCGAAAGCACCGACAAUGCGCAAGGGCAGGGCAAGUCCAAAGCCGGGCCAUUCACCUUUAAGCAUCUCAAGAUUAUCGAGCGAAAGAAACGACUGGAGAAGCUCUUGGCAGAACCGGGACCCAAAGUCAUUCUUGCAUCCGACACGUCAAUGGACUGGGGCUUUUCGAAGGAUUCUCUUCGACAAGUGGCGGAGGGCCCUAACAAUCUUUUACUUUUGACAGAAUCAUUAAAGGAUACAAAACAAACACCAACUAUCGGCGGUACGCUAUGGCAGUGGUACGAGGAGCGAAGAGAUGGCGUGGCCUUGGAAAAGGGCUCCGAUGGCGAACACAUAGAACAAGUCCACAGCGAUGGCAGAGAACUUUCCUGGAAAGACAUCCAACGGGACCAGCUCGAUGCCGGGGAGCAACUGCUUUAUCAACAAUAUCUUGCCACCAAGCGCCAACUCCAAGACACCUCUCAGACCCUUGGUCAAGAAACUCUUGACCCUGCUGCGGAUGCUCUGGACGAUGGGUCUAGCUCUACAUCUUCCGAAGAUUCGGACCCCGAACAACAAGGUCGAGCUUUGAACUUCUCGGCGUCACUUGCUCAUGCCACCCGAAGCAAACUUGCCGUCAGCGAUGAAGACUUGGGUAUCAACAUUUUGCUCCGCCGCAAGAACGUCUAUGAUUACGAUGUGCGUGGGAAGAAGGGCCGUGAGCGCAUAUUCCCCUACGUGGCGCCAAGAAAGAAAGGCGACGAAUAUGGUGAAUUCAUUCGUCCAGAGGAGUAUCUUCGAGCUGAAGAAAGAGAGGAAAUCGACAUGCAACAACGACGUACCGACGCCGAGACCAAACUCGGUCAGAAGCGGAGGUGGGACGAUGCCGACGGCUCUCGGGAGACAGGCGGCGCAAAGCGACCUCACAUCAAAUCCGAGGACGCUGACGACGCUGACUCUGAUCGCUUGUCCGAUGGCGAGGACGCCGCCGAGCCCGAAGAACAGGAUGACACGAUUGAAGGGCCGGGAAAAGCAGUCUACAACAGCCAGACCAUCACAAUCAACGCCCGGAUCGCCUUUAUCGAUUUCAUGGGAUUGCACGACAAGCGAAGUUUGGAGAUGCUGAUUCCUCUCAUCCAACCUCAAAAACUUAUUCUGGUCGGUGGAAUGAAAGAAGAGACAUUGGCCAUAGCGUCCGAGUGUCAAAAGCUGCUCUCUGCCAAACCCGGCACAUCUGACACGGCUGCCAUCAUCUUUACUCCGGCCAACAACAACUCGGUCGAUGCCAGCGUGGAUACGAACGCCUGGAUGGUCAAGCUGAGCAACACCCUUGUCCGACGCCUCAACUGGCAGCACGUUCGCAGCCUCGGCGUUGUCGCGCUCACGGCACAGCUACGUGGCCCAGAGCCCGUUACCUCCGAACUCGAAAGCGAUGAAGCUGGCGGGAAGAAGAUGAAGCAGCUGAAGGACCAAGCGGCCUCCACUGCGGUCGCCCCGACAUUCGAACUGGGAGACAACAAGGCAUCGGAGAAGCCGGAUGUCUAUCCUUUACUCGACACCCUCCCGGCGAGCAUGGCAGCGGGUACCCGAUCCAUGGCUCGUCCGCUUCACGUGGGUGAUCUGCGACUGGCCGAUCUCCGCAAGCUCAUGCAAUCCGCCGGUCACACCGCUGAAUUCCGAGGCGAGGGAACGCUGCUUAUCGACAAGUCGGUUGCGGUGCGUAAAUCAGGAACGGGAAAAAUCGAGGUCGAGGCCACGGCGCAAUCCUCGAUGAGUCAGUCAGGCCGCGGCACAGGAAGCUUCCUCGCGGUCAAGCGGAAGAUCUACGAGGGGCUGGCUGUCGUUGCGGGCAACUGA